GUUGACGUCAUCACAGGUCCUUCAGCUCAUCUUUCUGUCCAUGGAGGAGUGAGAGUUCUGAGGAGCAGUCAGGAUGGAGGAUCCCCUCACAUCAGCAGAUGGAUCCAGAAGGAGAAAUCCACCAGAGAGAUGUCCCCAUCCUCUGUAUUCCCAGGACUGUCCAGAGGAGAAGCUCCCGGAGAACCAUCAGAUGACAAAUCACCGGGAAGAUCUGACUAUUAUUAAAGUCGAGGAUGAAGAAGAGCGGAUGAUGAGCGAUCCCCCGUGUAAGAGUGGGGUGGAGGAGGACAUUCCAGUACGUGUGACCACAGAUGGAUCCGGGAGGAGAAAUCCCCCCGAGAGAUGUCCCCGUCCUCUGUAUUCCCAGGACUGUCCAGAGGAGGAGCUCCCAGAGAACCAUCAGAUGACAAAUCAGGGGGAAGAUCUGACUGAUAUUAAAGUGGAGGAUGAAGAAAAGUGGAUGAUUGGCGAUCCCCAGUGUAAGAGUGAGGUGGAGGAGGACAUUCCAGUCCAUGUGACCACAGAAAAUCUCAGUAGGAACUCUGAUGGAAACUUAAUCUUAAAGCUAGAUUUUAAAGUAGAAGAUGAAGAUCUCAUGCAGUGCUCUUCACAAGAAAACCUUAUUACCAUAAAUGUACAUCCUGGACUUCACAGUACAGAUCUGUCAUAUCUGCCUAUAUGUGAGGAACCCUCUCCUGACCAAUUACAGAUUGGUGCCACAACUACAAAUCAGACAGAAGAAAAAAGUUUUCAGUGCAACGAAUGUGGUAAACAGUUUGCAUACCACUCAAGUCUUGAUACACACAGAAGAAUUCACAUAGGAGAGAAACCAUACUCCUGCUCAGAAUGUGGGAAAUAUUUUACCCGUAAAACAGGCCUUGAUAAACACAUGAGAAUUCACACAGGAGUGAGGCCAUAUUCAUGUUUAGAAUGCGGGAAAUGUUUUAAAAAUAAAUCACAUCUUGUUGUACAUGAGAGAAUUCACACAGGAGAGAAGCCAUAUUCAUGUUCAGAAUGUGGGAAAUGUUUUUCAAAUAAACCACAUCUUAUUAAACAUGAGAGAAGUCACACAGGAGAGAUGCCGUAUUCAUGUUCAGAAUGUGGGAAACGUUUUAGAAAUAAAUCAAGUCUUGUUGUACAUGAAAGAAGUCACACAGGAGAGAAGCCGUAUUCAUGUUCAGAAUGUGGGAAACGUUUUGCAGGUAAAUCAAGUCUUAUUGCCCAUCGGAAAACUCACACAGGAGAGAAGCCAUACACAUGUUCUGAAUGUGGAAAAUGUUUUACUGAAAAAUCACAACUUGCUAGACAUGAGAGAAAUCACACAGGAGAGAAGCCGUAUUCAUGUUCAGAAUGUGGGAAAUGUUUUACAAAUAAAUUAAAUUUGGUUAUACAUGAGAAAAAUCACAAGGGAGAGAGAAUGUAUUCAUGUUCAGAAUGUGGGAGAUAUCUUUCAGAUAAAUCAAGUCUUCUUAGACAUGAGAGACUUCACACAGGAGAGAAGCCUUAUUCAUGUUCAAAAUGUGGGAUAUGUUUUAUUUCUCAAGCCAGCCUAAAGCAUCAUCAGAAAAGUCACACAGGGGAGAACCAUCUGGGCCUCAUCCUGGCCACGUCCACCCAGAUUCCUCAUCUGGCCCUGAUCCUGGCCAUGUCCGCCCACGUCAGCCAUCUGGACCUCAUCCUGGCCACGUCCGCCCAGGUCAAUUAUAUGGCCCUGAUCCUGCCCAUGUCCAACCAGGUCAAUCAUAUGGGCCUGAUCCUGGGCAGGUUCGCCAAGUCCUGCAGUCAUAGAGGGGUAAUAGAUUGUGGGGGUCUCUUAUGUGGAUCUGUUAGAUUUCCCACCUGUCUGCUGUAUUGUACUGAAUUGUUACAGAUGACAAAUCAGUGGGAAGAUCUGACUAUUAUUAAAGUCGAGGAUGAAGAAGAGCGGAUGAUGGGCGAUCCCCCGUGUAGGAGUGAGGUGGAGGAGGACAUUCCAGAAAAUGUCAUCACAGAAAACCCCAGUAACGAUUGUGAGGAAAGCUUGAUGUUAUCACUAAAUUAUAAAGAAGAAGAUGAAGAUGUCAUGCAGUGCUCUUCUGGAGAAAGCAUGAUUUCUUGUAACAUACAACCUCACAGUCCAGAUCUAUCAUAUAAUCCUGCUAAGCAUGAGGAACCUUCUUCUGACCAAUCACAGUUUGCUACCACAAGUCCAGAUCAGAAAGAAGAAAAAAGGUUUAAAUGCUGGGAUUGUGGAAAACAGUUUCCAUACCACUCAGGUCUUUUUAUACACAGAAGAACUCACACAGGAGAGAAGCCGUAUUCCUGUUCAGAAUGUGGGAAAUGCUUUACCCGUAAAACAGGCCUUGAUAAGCACAAGAGAAUUCACACAGGAGUAAGGCCAUAUUUAUGUCCAGAAUGUGGGAAAUGUUUUACAGACAAACCAAGUCUUGUUACACAUGAGAAAAUUCACACAAGGCAGAAGCCACAUCCAUGUUCCGAAUGUGGGAAAUGUUUCGCAAGUAAAUCACAUCUUGUUACACACGAGAGAAUUCACACAGGAGAGAGGCCGUAUUCAUGUUCAGUGUGUGGAAAAUGUUUUACAAAUAAAUCACAUCUUGUCAUACAUGAGAGAAUUCACACAGGAGAGAAGCCGUAUUCCUGUUCAGAAUGUGGAAAACAUUUUGCAGAUAAAUCAAGCCAUUCUGCACAUCAGAAAAUUCACACCGGAGAGAAGCCAUACACAUGUUCUGAAUGUGGAAAGAGUUUUAUGCAGAAAUCGCAACUUGCUAGACAUGCAAGAAUUCACACAGGGGAGAAGCCGUAUUCCUGUUCAGAAUGUGGAAAAUGUUUUACUAAUAAGUUAAACUUGAUUAUACAUGAGAAGAAUCAUAAAGGAGAGAGGAUGUAUUCGUGUUCAGAAUGUGGGAGAUAUUUUACAGAUAAAUCAAGUCUUGUUAAACAUCAUAGAAUUCACACAGGAGAGAAACCAUAUUCAUGUUCGGUAUGUGGGAAACGUUUUACAGAUAAAUCAACUCUUAUUAGACAUCAGAGAAUCCAUACAGGCGAGAAGCCGUAUUCAUGUUCAGAAUGUGGAAAAUGUUUCACAGAUAAAUCGGAUCUUAUUAGACAUGAGAGAAUUCACACAGGGGUGAAGUCAUUUUGAUGUAGUGAAGAAGAAUUUUCCACCUGGACCUUGCUUCUUCUAACUGUAUUCAUACCUCCACCCACAUGGCAGGACAAUCCAGAGGGUUAUAGUGGAAAUGAAAGGACACUGUCCGAUUUUUUUUCUUUUCUCGAUUAUUUUUUACAUGUGGCCAUAUCAGUAUUUGAUCUUUGUUCAAGCAGUAAUAAAUGCAACAGAAUUAAAGAAAAUAAUUGAAUUUGCAGUAACUGGGUAAACAAAAAAAAAAAUCCACAGAUGCUCCAUUUCAUUCUGUGUCUCAAAAACCUGAUAGUUAUAUAGGUUGAAUAAAGAAACAGGUCUAUCUAGUCCAAAGUAGAGGAAUUCAAAAACUCCUCUGAGGUGGUUGCCAACUGCCCAAAAUUAGAGGAAAAAUUUCCUUCCCGAAUCCAAUUUCACUAUGAUAACCAGAAUAAAUCUUUGGAUCAACGUCCCUUCUCCAAAAAUCCAUUGUCCAUAACCGGCAAUAUUUUCACGUUCAAGAAAGACACCCAGACGUCUUGAAUCAACCAUACCAGCAUCCUGUGGCAGAGAGUUUUGUAGUCUCACUCCUACAUGCCUAUGCAUGACCAAUAUGGUGACUACUUUGUGUCCCUGGAGGGAGCAGUCACCUGGCAGCCACGACAGAAUUAUUGGACAUAGAUAAGAUAUGUGUCUGUUGUGUCUUUUUUUUUUUCUUUUAUUUAUUCAGAUUUUAGGGACUCCUAAGCGAAUAAGGACCCUUGUCGUGAGUUGCAAGCUUUUAAGUAUUUUGUCUGAAAUGCAGAAUCUGUCACACUUCUCUAGCAUUUAUGCCAAAGUGCUAACCAAAACCUGCUUUAUACACUCAUUGACAAAUAAAAAAAU